ACAGGGUUCCACCUUCUGCCCUCACCAUGGGAGCAAAUCCCAGUGGCAGCUGCCAGAGCCCAUCACAACACCUCCCCACGGCAUGCUCAGGGAUAACUCUGGUGUCAUCUUUCCACAGGAAACCAUGAGUCCACUCAUUCAGGCAGCCACCCCCACAGCCACCCAUCUGGGUACCUUCUGACCCUUCUUGACACCCACAAGUCCCAGAACCUGAGAUGUGCCCAAUCUGGAGGCUCCUAGUUCUCCUCAGCUUGCUGUCUUUGCCCUCAGCACUGCACAAGCAGGGCCUGGCCAAAGCCCAUGUGGACAGCAAACCAGCUCUGGCAAGAAUUAUUGCCCAGGGCCUCAUGAAGCACAACGCAGAGGGCCGAAUCCAGAACAUCCGCCUCAUGGAAAGUCUGAAUGCCUCGGGGCAGAUGGCCCCAGGGAUGGUGGGCUGGCUAAUCAGCAGCAUGAGCCUCCAGCAACAGCAAGAAAGCAGCGCCAACGUCACCAACAUUCAGCUGGACUAUGGUGGGAUCCGGAUGUCUUUCCACAAGGAGUGGUUCUCGGCCAACAUCUCACUUGAAUUUGACAUUGACUUGAGACUGUCCUUCAAUAACAAGAUCAUAAAGAUACACGUAUGCAUGAACCUCGUUAUGGAGUUCUGGCUGGAGAAAGACGAAUUUGGCCGGAGGGAUCUGGCGAUAGGCAGUUGCGGUGUGGAGCAAAGCAGCAUCUACACAACAGUUCUAACUGAAGAUAUCUCACCAAAGAUGAAACAUUUUCUCCGCCACUUCAGGGAGAACCUGGUAAAAGUGACCCCGCACCUGGUAGAAAGUCAGGUGUGUCCUCUGAUCAGCGAAAUCCUCAGACAGUUGGACGUGAAACUGUUAAAAAGCCUCAUGGAACAGGCUGUUGCUCAUAAAUUCAACCAACUGUGAGUCCAGCCAAGCUUCCAUGUGCCAGACUUGGAGUGUCCUCCAGCUACCUACUGAUAAUCAGGAGAUUCUACAUGUUGAGAUCUUAAGCCUCCCUCAGAGUGGGGCUUCCACGACCCCAAAAUCCUUUACCACAGGCCCUGCAGAGUCCUGUCCUGUCCCUAAUAAACUCUAGCUCUGAAGGGUA